AUGAGUACAGCCAUGGUAUCGCUCGUGCUUGCCGUGAUCGUGUUGCCGUCAGCAACAACGGCCCCGGUGAGCAUGGCUAGAAGGAACUGCUCCGACACCUGUGGCUAUAAUGGUGCUAAGAUACCUUACCCGUUCGGAGUAGGUCCUUCCUGCUCCUUGCCUGGCUUCAGUCUCAAUUGUGCUGUGGACAAGCACACCAACGGCAGCCAUCUCGUGCUGGGCAACUCAACCCUGGGGGAGGUGCCCUUCGUGGGUUCCCCCUUCGUGUACGCCAGCAUCUCCUACUGGGUGAGAAUGGUUCCCGGUGUCCCGGACUACUCCGUCCACUGGGAAGCUCCAGGUAGACCCUUCGCCAUAUCUGGCUUGUCAAACAUGUCCUUGUAUGUUUUUGGCUGCGGCGUCACGGCCUCAAUGUUCCGAGGCAACAACAACAACUCGGCCAUCAUGGUCGGGAGCUGCUCCGCCAUCUGUGCCCAAGCUCAAAUCAUGGAGAAGCUACCCGAGGGGGCGUGCGAUGGCAUCGGGUGCUGUUCCAUCCACAUACGGGUCAAGUUGAGGGCAUUCACCCUCAACAUCACACGCAUCAUCGGUGAUUCUGCAGGCUCGAGCAUGGUGCACGCCUUAGUUAGCAGCGGUAAGUACCAGAUACAAUUCAAGCCUGCUGACGCCCUGAGAACGUCCAUGCUACAAUCGCUAGUACCCCAAUAUGCUGCACUGGGAUGGUCUAUUCCCUACCGGGCCAACUGCAAGCGUGCCAUGAAGGACAGGGCCAGCUAUGCAUGCGUUAGUAAGCACAGCAAGUGCCGGGACUCGCGGAUCGGUGGAUACUUCUGCUAUUGCCUCUAUGGACACGGUGGGAAUGCCUACGUUGACGACGGCUGCCCGGAAUACCAACCGCCUGCACCGCUUCCAUCGCCUCUCCCUUGGCAAGUUUAUGGCUCCAUCCAGCCUGGAACGGAUUGUCCAGCAUCAUGCGGGAACGUGAGCAUCCCAUUCCCCUUUGGCGCAAAGCUAGGCUGCUUUGCAGCUGUCCAUCUCUACUUAGCAUGUAUGCCAGGGACCGUUCUUCCUGUCCUUAAAUUGACUAGUCGAAUGGUCAUCAGUGACAUAUCUCUCGACGACGGUGUCUUGCGCAUUCAUGAGGAAUCUGAGCCAGACGAUUUCUUCUCUGGUUCGGGCUUGGACUCGGCGCUCUACUCCUUGUCCGGGAAAUGGGGAGUGGUGAAAUGGGCUGUUGACAAAAUGACAUGCGAUCAUGCAAAGCUGAACAAGAGCAAUUACAGAUGCUUGAGCCCCCACAGUGAGUGCGCUGAUGUCACGGAUGAUGGAACGCUCAAACAUCUGGGUUACCGGUGCAAGUGCUCUUCUGGUUUCGAAGGAAAUCCGUACAUCAAAGAUGGAUGCACAGAUACUAACGAGUGCCUACACCCAAAUAAAUACAUCUGCAACGGUAUUUGCCACAAUAAAUUUGGGAGCUAUACAUGCACCAGUACUGUAAUAUUAGGUGUCAACAUUGGACUAGGCAGUGGUGGAGGCAUUCUGUUUCUUGCCGCGAUUGUUGCAAUUGUUACUCGGAGGUGGAAGAAAAGCGUCGAGAAACUUCAGAGAAAAAGGCAUUUCCGUAAGAACAGAGGAAUUCUGCUACAACAGCUCAUCUUUUGUGACAAAAGUUCCAGCGGUGGCACCAAGAUAUUCUCCCUGGACGAGAUGCAGAAGGCGACCAACAAUUUCGAGCGCGCACGUGUGGUCGGGCGCGGGGGCCAUGGAACCGUCUACAAGGGCCUCCUGGCCGACCAACGCGUGGUGGCCAUCAAGAAGUCAAUGCGUGCAGUGAUGAGUGAGAUCGACCAGUUCAUCAAUGAGGUGGCCAUCCUCUCGCAGAUCAACCACCGGAACGUGGUGAAGCUCCACGGAUGCUGCCUUGAGUCCGAGGUCCCCCUGCUCGUCUACGAGUUCGUCUCCAACGGCACGCUCUACGACCUCCUACACCGCCCCUCCAAGUCGGAGCAGGAUGGUGGCUUAUUGCCCCUGUCUUGGGAGGAGCGCUUGAAGAUCGCCAUCGAGAUUGCCGGUGCGCUCACGUACCUGCACUCCGCUGCUUCGGUGUCCAUCCUACACAGGGAUGUCAAGUGCAUGAACGUGCUCCUGACGGACAGCAACACCGCUAAGGUAUCAGAUUUCGGCGCUUCGAGGCUGAUCCCAAUGGAUCAGACGCACCUGGUGACCGCUGUCCAGGGCACAUUCGGGUACCUAGAUCCGGAGUACUACCACACCGGUAUGCUCAACGAGAAAAGCGAUGUUUACAGCUUCGGGGUGAUCCUUGUUGAGCUGCUGACGAGAAGGAAACCCAUCAUCGAGAACGAGCACGGCGAGAAGCAGAACCUAUCUAGCUACUUCCUAUGGGCUAUGAGGGAGAGGAGGCCCCUCCAGGAGACACUGGACGUGCACAUCUUGUUGGAGGAAGGAAUCAGUGAGGAAGAGGUCAUGUGCGUGGCUCGGUUGGCAGAAGAGUGCCUCAGUCUCACGCGAGGGAACAGGCCUACCAUGAAAGCUGUGGAGAUGAGGCUGCAGCUCUUAACUGGGCGCCGUGUUGCACGGCCAGCUGGCCAGGAACAGGUGGCACCACAGCCGCGCUGUCGUGGCGCUGUUCCAGUGAUUGGUGAGCACGGCUCACGACAGUUCAGCCAAGAGCAGGAGUUUGUGUCGUCUCUGCAAGUACCGCGCUAG